AAUCUCUGUGGUCCCUCGCCUGUCGCCUGUCGCGGGAGGUCUGGAGGAGUCCCGGAAAAGGGAGGGGUGGGGUUUUUUGCAGUGGGCGGGAUGGCCCUCAACAAGUCGAUGCACGCCCGGAACAGGUACAAGGACAAGCCGCCCGACUUCGCCUACCUGGCCUCGAAGUACCCGGAGUUCCAGCGGCACGUGCAGGUCGGCUUGUCGGGGAGAGUCAGUGUCAACUUCAAGGCUCCCGAAGCGGUGAGAGCCCUGACGUGCACCCUGCUCAAAGAAGACUUCGGCCUUCAGAUUGACAUCCCGUUGGAGAGGCUGAUCCCGACGGUUCCCCUGAGGCUCAACUAUAUCCACUGGGUGGAAGAUCUCAUGGCGAUGCAGGAUCCUGCCGGGAAAGCUUCUGUUGUAUGGGGGAUAGAUAUCGGAACGGGCGCGUCUUGUAUUUACCCACUGCUCGGGGCGACCUUGAACGGGUGGCAUUUCAUUGCGACGGAAGUGGACGACGUAUGUUUCAGCUACGCCAAGAAAAACGUGGAGCAAAAUAAUCUCUCCGACCUUAUCAAAGUGGUCAAAGUGCCGCAAAAGACACUCCUUUUGGACGCCCUGGAACAAGAGUCGGAAGUCAUCUAUGACUUUUGCAUGUGCAACCCUCCCUUUUUCGCCAACCAGCUGGAAGCGAAGGGAGUCAAUUCCCGCAAUCCCAGGAGGCCCCCUCCCAGCUCGGUCAACACGGGAGGCAUCACCGAGAUCAUGGCCGAAGGUGGAGAGCUGGAAUUCGUCAAGAGGAUCAUCCACGACAGCCUGCAGCUGAAGAAGAGACUGAGGUGGUACAGUUGCAUGUUGGGAAAGAAAUGCAGCUUGGCGCCGUUGAAAGAGGAGCUUCGAAUCCAUGGCGUUCCGAAAGUUACCCACACCGAAUUCUGCCAGGGCCGGACCAUGAGGUGGGCACUGGCAUGGAGCUUCUAUGAAAACGUCAAGGUGCCGUCACCCCCUUCCAAGAAAAGAAAACUAGAAAAGCCUCGGAAACCGAUUACAUUCCUGGUUUUGGUGUCAACAAUGAAAGAGUUGGCUAUUAAAGCUUCAUCCAUGGGACUGGAUGCUUCUGAAGGGACGGAAGCAGUGGCGGCAUGGAUUAAAAAAAUCCUCCGUGACCUGAAGGUUCAAUACAAAUGUCUCCCUUGCGAAAAAGACGAAGUCAGCCUGUUCCUGACGGCCCUAGAAAACUCCUGGAUUCAUUUGAGGAGAAAGAAAAGGGAGCGGGUCAGACAGCUGCGUGAACUUCCCCGCGCGUCCGUCGAUUUCCUGCAAGCCCCGGAAGAGAAAGAGAACCCCCAGAAAGAUUCCAGUAGAACCGUAGAAUGUGAAGAGAACGAGACCGGAAGCACGGAAGGAGGCUCCCGGGAACAUGAAGCCCCCGAGGCCGAUAGUCUAAAUAGUUCCUCUCCCGUUCAGGAAGGAAACAGCCAGGCCCGUACUGAGGAAAGCGGGCAAGCCAGACAGACAGCAGUUGCCUUAGCAGGCGCCGAAGAAUCCAGUGGCGCUAAGGAGUCCCGAGCUUUCGGCACCGCUAGCCAAGCCGCCGCAACCGGGCCACGUGCCAGCGUCUUGAACGAAUGGUUCCUUUUCAAGUGCGUCUUAAAUGUGAAGAGCGAAGGGGAGGAUUUCUUGGUAGAAAUGCACUGGGUCGAAGGGCAGAACCGGGACUUAAUGAACCAGCUGUGCACCUACUUAAAGAACCAGAUUUUCCGGCUGGUUGGGACCUGAGUGUUUCUUGUAAGAAAAGAAAUGAUACUGGUCUUGUUUUUGUAAUCCUUGCUUUAGGGUCUGUAUGGUUGACGACGCCUUUGCUGGGGAAGCGACUGUUUUUAAAAACCACCGCUUUUUUAAAAAAGUGCGUGAAACCUGGGGGGGGGGGCGCUCGAAUGACGCCAGAAACCUAGACGGGACGGAAGCAGUCUUAGCUACCGAGCUGCGCUUACAAAGUGGCACUAGGUCGAUGUUUAUAGGGCAGAGCCAGUGGUCGGUUCUUCAGCAGAGCUGUGUUCUCUUCACAGUUGUUCUGUACCUGUUUUCCUUGAAAAGUUCCCACAAAUACACCUGCCUCUUGGAUCACUGUUGCCUGUUCAACUCAGUCUCAUUCCUCAGCAUAAUAUAGGUCUGCCUUUGGCAAACUGGGAAUCUCUCUGCUGGUGGCGCUCUAAUGUAACCCGGGAGCAUGCAUGUGUUCUGAUGCCCAAGCACCAAGAGGAUCCGAAUAGCGAGGCGUACUGUUGUAGCAGCAUUCUCAGAAAUAACUUUUGGACCCAGUGGGUACUGUACGUAGCGCUGGGCUGCAAGGACUCUCCGUACGUGAAAUGUUCAUUGCUUGCAGCCAUCCUGUGUGGUGCCGGCUCGCUCAGAAGAAAUUGUCUGGGAAUUGAAAGAGCGCGUUAGAGCGGUGUCCGAAACAAACCCCAGCCGGAGCCAUUAUUGCAGAGUAUUACAUUUAGUGGAAACUGUACAGCAGGGCUCGGUGCAAAGCUGGGAGGGAAAUUCUGUACUUAACCGUUCCGUUGAAAUGUUUACGAUCAGUUUCAAAAUUAAGCUGGGAGUUGAACUCAAGAGCGGUCCAGAUUUAGCUGCUGCUGCUACCGUCCAGGUCUGUUCUGUUGAGAGUUAACAAAGUUCCUCCGGCAAAGGGGAAACGGGGUCACAUAUCCCUGCCACAGUUCCCCCCCCCAAAAAAAACCCCCACGCCUGGCCCUUUCCUCUCGAGUAGUAGGGUUGCUUUGUGAACUUAAUUGAUCGCCGUAUUUCUCUACUGCUUUUCCUCGCUACUCAAAGGUGUUCACAGUGAAACAAUACAAUAUUUUC